AUGACUAAUUACCAUUACUUGAUUCUCCUGAUUAGCGUUUUAACUGUUUUGGGGAAACAGUCAAGUAAGGUUACUUUUCAAUGUUUUUCUAAUAGUUUAGGUACAAAUGGCACGGCUAACAGUAAUGCCACCAGGAUCGAGGAUGAAGUUAUUAGUCUAAACAACUCUUUGAAAGAUCAAACUCUGAGUGACCUGGAACAGCAGUUUAGACAACAGAAUGCCAGUCAACAACUGGAGAAUUUUUUGGCUGAAGUAAGUAGCUUAAACUUGAUUUAGGUACAAAUUUUGAUUCAAAUAUUAAUGUUUUUUUAGAACUUUUUGUGUUACAGUAUCACAUUUUGGUAACUUUGAUUAUUUUAUGCCAUUUCUAGUUCAACAACAAUGCCCCAAACAUGAUUAAGGCGCUGGAGAGCCGCGCUCGAGGUGAUUACACAACGUAUGCUCAAGAAGCUGCUAAGGUGUUCAAGGCUUUCAUAAACAAGUAUCAAGAUCUGCCGGAUGCUGAUCGUGUUACGCUAUUCCAACAUGUUCCAGAAGUUGAUAACAUGUUGUCAGGUAAAUGAGGCAAUUUUUAUAUUUUGAAUAAUGCUACGGAGAUUCUCUUAGGAUGUUGAAAUGAUUACGAAUGUUACAAUAUAUUAUCUUUGUAUUCACAAUUUUAAGAUCAAUAUUUUAGAUCCAAGUCUUCUAAAGUUCGUGGACGAAUUCAACGAUACAAACAUCCUGAAGACCGCGUUACUCCCUUUGCUGACAUUAUUAAUAGGUCUGUGUUUAUAA